AUGUCCCCCACCCCUCGCAAGCCCAAGGCUGAGGCGGAGACGAACGACGACGACGCACUCUACACCCCCACAGGCUGCAAGGAGGCAUACGAGAAGCUAGAGCGUUUCCCGUCCAUCAAGCGGGAGCAGGUACUGGCGGAGAUCAAGCAGGAGUUCCACAAGAACAAGGCAGGCUGGGCUGGGGUGGGGAGGCGACUGCAGUCAGGGGCCUAG